CCUAAGCCUAAUGGAGUUGAAGUGAAGAAAAUGAAUUUAGAGGUGAGCUGCUGAAUCAGACUUGGACUAACGGCAGUACUGAGAAGCUCAGCACUUGUGAAACACCCAGUAGCCUGCACAGCAAACACACCAAGAUGAACCAAGAUGUUGAUGAAAAGAGGCUGCGUACUCGCUCAAAGGGAAUCAGAAUACCUGUGGAGCCUGUGGGACAGGAUAUAAGCUGCCCAACUCCAGGAUGCAAUGGCUCAGGACACGCCAGUGGAAAAUACGCACGGCACAGAAGUUCACAAGGCUGCCCUUUGGCCAAGAAAAGGAAAAUUCAGGACACUGAUUCCGAUCAACCUCUGACCAAGAGGAAAUCCCAUCCUUUGAAACUUGCCUUGGAUGAAGGUUAUAAUGGAGACAGUGAUGGUGUUGAUGAUUUAGAGAUAAAAGAGGAAUCAAUUAUGGAUGAAUCAGAAGAAGCACUUGAAGUUGAAGAAGAAAUAGACGAUGAUGAAGAAGAAAGAAAUUUGGAAGAAACUGAAAGAGCAGAAUUAGUACCAGAGGUAAGGCAUAAAGGGCUAGAUGAUAGACCUUACUGGGAGGAUGGAGCCAAGAAUGUCAGCACUCGAAAGGACGAUUUUAUUAGCUAUCAGGAAUUAGUUGCCAAAUCACUUCUAAAUCUUGGCAAAAUAGUAGACGAUACUGCCAUUCCCUCACUCCCAGAUAAAAAGCCAAGUAACAAUUCUGAAUGUGAAAAGGAAAUUGACCAGGAUCAUGACUCAUCUGAAGAGCACGCUGGCAAAGAUAUGCUUCCAUCUGCUGAUGAAGCAAAUGAAGAAGAAAGUAAAGAACUAAAGGACUCCACUGAUUCCACUCACUGUAGUGAGCAGACAAUUGUUUUCCAUCAACAGUUUGAUGUAGCUGACAAACAGGAUGACAACCAAAGUCAGAAAGCUCAGCAUAUGCAGAGGACAGUGUGGAGGAGUGCACUGAUGAGAGCAAAAGUUUACACCCAAAGCCUGCGAUAA